AUGACUGCCUUUAUUCCCAUUUUUCAGGCGAUGACAGAGUCUCCAGUCUCAUGCAAUCACACACAGAAUAUUGUGACUUUAGUUGUCACAGUCUCCGCCACCAACUCCUCUGAACCCUGGAAGGAGCCCUCCUUCACAGCAGCGGCCAAACUCCGUGUCGUGCUCACCUUCUGCUUCUUCCUCUUCGCUGGGUACAGUAACUCUGCGGUGCUCUACAGUGUCGCUCGCAAAGGAACAAAGUCCCACAUCCGCAUCCUGAUCCUCAGCCUCACCAUCGCUGACCUGAUGAUCACCUUCAUCGUGAUGCCACUGGACACAAUCUGGAAUAUUACAGUCCAGUGGUAUGCAGGGGAGGUACCCUGCAAAGUGCUCAACUUCCUGAAGCUCUUUGCCAUGUAUUCCUCCGCCCUGGUGCUUGUGGUCAUCAGCUUGGAUCGACACACAGCCAUCCUGUAUCCUUUCAGCUUCACUGGAGCCAGUCACCGGAACAAGGUCAUGCUUGCUGUUGCUUGGACAGCCAGCAUUCUCCUGGCCUCACCACAGCUGUUUCUAUUUCGACUGCGCACGGCUGAAGGGGUGAAUUUCACGCAGUGCAUUGCGUCGGGCAGUUUUAACGAGCGCUGGAAGGAGACGCUGUACAACAUGUUCACCUUCGUCACCCUGUACGUGACCCCGCUGAGCGUAAUGAUCUUCUGUUACGCCAGAAUCCUGUGGGAGAUUGGCCGGCAAGUGAACCAUGGCAAAGCUCUAACAAGAAGCAAAAAUGACCACAUCUCCAAAGCGAGACUGAAAACUCUCAAAAUGACGAUCGUGAUUGUGGCCUCCUUCAUUGUGUGCUGGACCCCGUAUUACCUCCUGGGGCUCUGGUACUGGUUCCAGCCCAACAUGAUUGAGGAAAUGCCAGAGUACAUCCAUCACUCCCUGUUCUUGUUUGGCCUGCUCCACACCUGCUCUGACCCCAUCAUCUACGGCCUCUACACGCCCUGCUUCAGGGAGGAUAUGCGAAUGUGUUGCCAUAGCGUAACGAGACACAAGCUGGCACGGAGACCCAGGUCUGUCACCCGGCUCCAUGUAAAUGGUGACAAUAUGGGGUGUGCCGUUUCAAACGGGACAGCACUUCAGACUGUGUUUUAA